AGUACUCCCGGAGCCUCUGCAGCCCGGACCUGCCCAGCUCCUCCUCCUCACCCUUUAGGCCCUGCAGCUCUCGGCUCCCUCACAGCUGGACAGCAGCUGAAGGAUAACUGUUUGCAGAGCACUUACUCUGGUGAUCUGAAGAAAUUGUUGAGGUCUGGCUAUUUAAUUCACCCUGGACUGACCCAACAGUGAUGCUUGACAGCCCCUGCUAACACGCAAUUGUUUGUGCCAGAGCUGGGGCCAGUGUUAUGUAUAUGAAUUGGGUCCUGCAUCAUCUCCUGCCAAAUUCACUGCUUUCUGUGGCUAUUGUACUCUGUGUAACUCUCUGUUUUGGUUGAUACCACUGUUGCUAACACUUCACUGGGUUACCAUGCCUAUUAUAAGACAUUCUGCUAUUUUAUUUUGGAAUUAGAUUCAAAGUUUAAACUUGCUUCUCCAUUAGUGUUGUCCACACUACAUCGAAACGCUGAAGCCAUCAAUUUUCCAAACACAAUUUUUCCUCCCCAGCAUGUCAGAGGGAUGGCCCCAAGCACAAACUGCCCCUCCAUCAUUGCAGUCCCAUCAGCAACAACCAUCACAACACCCAGGGGCCAUCACAUUGGCAGAGCACCCAAUUCCCACCCCAGGUUCUGCUGAGAACCCUCUGGGCUGUGCAGUGUAUGGCAUUCUUCUGCAACCAGACUUGGGUGUCCAGCAUCCUUCCUUACCAUCCACUGAACCCCUUCAAAAAUGUGGACUAUGCGGGCAUGACAUCUCUCAUCUACCAAAUCCACAGGAGCAUCAGUGCAUGCCCUCUGCUAGCCAGGAUCGCUCCUUCCAGUGCACACAGUGUCUGAAGAUUUUUCAUCAAGCCACAGACCUCCUCGAACACCAGUGUACACAGGUGGAGCAGAAGCCCUUUGUAUGCGGUGUCUGUAAAAUGGGGUUUUCCUUGCUCACAUCUCUGGCACAGCAUCAUAAUGCCCAUAGUGGUGGCUCCCUAAAGUGCUCCAUCUGUGAAAAGACUUACAAAGCAACAGAGAUAGACCAGGCUUCUGCAACCACUGCUCCUCCUGCUCCUGCAACACCCCCUACCCACUCUGCCCUGGACUCUCAGGACAAACCUUUUUGCUGCACGCUGUGUCAGAAACCUUUCAAGCAUUUGUCAGAGUUAUCUCGACAUGAGAGAGUCCACACAGGUGAAAAACCCUACAAGUGCACAUUGUGUGACAAAAGCUUCAGCCAAUCCUCACACUUGGUACAUCACAAACGUACACACAGCUCAGAAAGGCCCUAUAAGUGCACUGUUUGUGAAAAGAGCUUCAAACAUCGCUCACAUUUGCUGCGCCACAUGUAUGCUCAUGCUGGUGAACAGCUGUUUCAGUGUCAAACUUGCCAGCUUCGUUUCAAAGAGUCCACACAGCUGCUGCAGCACCCUUGUACACCAGCAGGAGAGAGACCAUUCCAAUGCAACAUCUGCCAGAAGACCUUCCGGCGACCAUCUGAUCUAAGGCAGCAUGAACGUACACACAGCGAGGAGCGCCCUUUUCACUGUGAUCUUUGCCAGAUGAGUUUCAAGCAGCAGUAUGCACUGAUGAGACAUCGACGCACACACAAAGCAGAGGAUACCAAGUGCACCCUGUGUGACAAAGGACUAAUGCAACCUUCACAACUCUUGUUUCACCAGCAUAAUGCAGAGAGCAUCUUCAAGUGUAAUGCUUGUCAGUGUGGCUUCAGUCAAUCCCAGGAGCUAUUGCGCCAUAAGUGUGACCAGACCAGUACUGAGCGGCCUUUCCAGUGUGGUAUUUGCCAUAAGGGCUACAAACGUUCUUCUGCUCUGCAGAAGCAUCAGGCUACUCACUGUGCAGAAAAGCCACUGCGGUGCACAGCCUGUGAACGCCGCUUCUUCUCAUCCUCUGAAUUUGUACAGCAUCGUUGUGACCCAGCCAGAGAGAAGCCUCUGAAAUGCCCAGACUGUGAGAAACGCUUCAAGUAUGCAUCAGACUUACAAAGACACCGGCGAGUACAUACUGGUGAAAAGCCCUAUAAGUGCCUGUCUUGUGACAAAAGUUUUAAACAGCGGGAGCAUCUAAACAAGCACCAGAGCGUCCACACUCGAGAACAACAGUACAAAUGCUUGUGGUGUGGGGAAAGAUUCCAUGAACUCGGCCAACUGCAAGAGCAUAGUGCUCAACACACAGCAGAUGGGGGCUUUCAGGUGGCAACCUGUUUGUCAUAAUCCUGUUGUCUCUUUACCCCUCGUAUGUUUUAAGACCCUGUAUGACACACAUACAUUUGCCUAUGCCAUUCCACUUGCUUGUUUUAAUAGUGUAAGCAGCAACUAACAUUUGUGUAACAGAAAACUCUCUAGUUGUAAAACAAAUCAUUCUAAAACGAUGAAAGCGGAUCCCUCUCUCUUGUAGCCAUACUACACUCUGCUCCUUAGGGCUCCUCUCAAGGUUUUGUUUUAAUAGUACCUCUGCUUACCCACUGAUCAUUUAGAUUCGCCCUUGCAUGCUCAGCCACCAGUAUCCUUAAAUACCUAAAGGGCUGUUGUUGGCAAGUCCAAAUUUUGUACUGAGUGUGCAUGACACACAAUUGAUCACAGUUAAAAUAUAUGAGGAAAUGUGUGAUGUCUCCAAGUCUAUUCAGUAGUGGAUUUUGGGAACAUUAAAAAGAGAAGUUUAAAGCUUAAUGAGUAAAUAAGAUGGGAAGAUCCAGCAUUAGCAUGCUCUCUGCUUAGUCUAUGUGAUCUCUUUGUGACCAAUAGAUUAUGUUUAAACCACUUGUGAUCAAAGAAAAGCAUAUUGCACUGUUUGUUCUGGGAACGGUCUUUUUAUAAAUGUACUCUAGAGAAUUAAUGCAGUGUAAGUUUGUGUGGAAAUGAGAAAAAGUCCACAAAUUCUGAAGGUUCUAUCAUAAUUGCAUAAAAGUUUUCACACAUUGAAAAUAAUAUUUUCAUGUCACUAUAAACAAAUCUCUUGCCAAAGGCUCAAAAAAGUCUGAAUUAAUGGUAAAAAAUGUUUUAUAGUUAUUAAUAUAUACAAAAAACAAAAAAUGACAGCGCUAGAAAACACCAUAGAAUAUUAUAAUACAGAAAAGCAUAAAAUACAAUAAGAAUCUUAAAAUGUACCAAAGUACGGUAAAACAAUUGCCAAUCUCAACAAUUGCCUCUUCUCCUUUUGUUAUCCCCUUGAACCCCCUUAACAUGUAAGCCUAUGAGCCCAGCUGUUUGUAGAUCACCUUCAUGAGAGCUGACUACAACAGUGCAACCCUUGGCUGGGCCCUCUAUCCACUUUGCCCCUGUAAAUGUUACCUUGCAUCUUAUGCCUAUGUAUAUAACGCUAUGGAAUCUGUGGGUGCUCUACAAAUAAUUGAUAAUAAUUACAUUAGAAGGUGAGAACUCUUGUCUGUGCAGCCUUGAAGUGAACGCUGAUUAUAAUCUUUUAUGGUGUUUUCUGGCACUGUCAUUUUUUGUUUUUAUAGCGUUUUUCCAGAAAGCAGCAUUACACCUAUUCUAUAUUGCCAUCACACUGUGUUUAUUUAUAUUUGGUGCUAACAUCUUGUUACAUAUAUAUCUAUAUAUAGGGAUGGAAAAAUAUCAACAGAGGGAAAAAGUUACUUGCCCACUCAAUGUGAAAGAUAUGGAAAAAGCCAAAAAAUGUCUUACUUGAAAUUUCAAGCCAUAUAUAUAUAUAUUGCCAGGUGGUAUUAUGAAGUAGCUGGGUGGGAGCAGUGUAAUACUUUGCAUUAUUAUAACAUUUUCUUCUAUUUAAAGCACAAAUCAAAUUAAAUACACAAUUUAGCAUACAUUUAUUUAAUGAUAAUUUGUGCAAUAAACAUUGGAAAGAGUUAAUAUUAGCUAAUCUUACCUGAUUACGGACUUAAAUUUUAGCCGGGUGGUCAGUAAAAUCAGCUGGGUAGUGUACCCAUUGUACAGGUCCUGGGGAGAACAAUGAUAUUAUAUUUAUAUUAUGUUUUGUUUGGUGGGAGAUUUACAAAUUUACCAGUGUCUGGUUAUGCAGUUCAUGCUUGUUAACGUACUUGUAUUUGGGUGCACAAUUAACACCACUACCAGGUUCAUCAGUUCAUGCACAUAUCAGUACCCAGGUGUGACAGAUGCAUCACACCUGGGUACUGGUACUGUUAGUGGGUGUGCCUUUAUAUGGCUGGGCAAUUAUCAGGUACCAACUCCAGAGUCCUUUAUUGAUCAAUGACAUUUUUCAUUUUUCUCAGAUAAAACAAAGAAAAAUA